GGAAUUGCCUUUUAAUUUCAGGAUGUUAAUUGAUUUUGAUUGAAAUGGAUGCAUGAUUUCUCCUUUUAUUGUAACUUACGUAGAUUUUGUUAGAAGGAGACCUCCUCAAAAGGAGCAAAAACGUCGAAAUGACAUAUACGUAAACAGAAAAACCGACUUUGCUGGACAACUAGAACGAUGCCAAAAGAUCCUUGAUUCAAGUGAGCAAGAGGUAACUAUUCAUGGUUUGGGUUCUGCAAUCAAUCGUGCAAUAAAUCUGGCUCUGCAGCUUGAACAAAGAGGACAAGGAACUGUUGAGUUAUCAACAACAACUUCCAGUGUCAAACUUGUGGAUGACUUUGAGCCUGAAUGUGAUGACCAGGAAGGAUAUUCUAGAGUACGAACCAACUCAGCAGUGCACAUAAGAGUUUACAAGAAACCUCUUCCCCUAUGUUGAUUCAGAAGGAGCUUGUUGUCCUACUUGAACCCUUAUUCUUGGUGUUCAAGAAGUCACCUUUUUUCAUUGACAGGUCAAGUUUCCACAAACUUGCUUAAAGACAACACCUACUGGGCAAAUAUACUGUUAAGAAAAAGCCUGGCAGGUUGAAAGUUUUAUUUAUUGUCCAACACCUUUGAACAAGUGUUCAGAAAAGUUGAGUAAUGGUGCCUGAUCCUUGCUUUUUCAAAGAUGCACUGAAGCCAACAGCAUAUAUAUAUAUUAACAUGGUUCAU